ACACACACACACACACACACACACACACACAUGUAAUCAUUCAAACACAGUCUAGGGAUUCCUAUUGCCUUCUUUAAUUCUCCCAACUUGUCUUAAUAUUUUUAUUGUAAAGAAAACUUUUGGCACACACAGGCCAACAAUGUAACAAAGCUGUAAUUCGGAACUAUGAAAGGCAAAUAGCAGUCUAAGUUAUUCUCUUGAAAAAAAGAAACAACCAACAACAACAUUUUUAAAGACGCAUAUAUAGCUGCCAGGAAGUUCGAACAGAAACGUAAUUAUUUCACUGUUUAAUCCCUUUGACAAACAUUAGGCGGUCACCCGUGUCCGCUAUGGAGUACCUCAUUUACUUUCUUUGUCAUUGAUGGGGAAAAUAAGAGAUGGUGACCCAAUCAGCAAGGUUAACCGGCGAACCAAUCUUAACGCUGAUUGGUUGAUCACUGAAGUCUUGACUCCACCCCACGAAAAAGGCGCGAAAGAAGCGUGGGUAUAAAAGCAUUACCACACGUAGUUGCUUAUAGUCCCACAGUUUUCUGUUUGACCACAGCCACGUUCACAGAUAUUGGAUUUACGAUUUUUGGGAGAAUUUUGAUGCGUUUGUGACUUGCUCAGUAUUUCCCCAGUGAAAGAGUUGUGUAUUUCACUCGUUGGAUUUGUUCUGGAAGUUUUGAUCAGACGUUUCUUAUAGAUGCUGUGACUCAGUGAUACGUUUUGGGAACACUUAUACCGUGCUUUACCCAAGUUAUACAAGAACUUUCAACUUGGAGUAUAUCUUCUACGUCGCCUACAGCUUCAGAAUGAGUGCUACUUUCAGACUCGGUCGUCCAGUGUUUGAGACCCACACUGUAAAUGUGUCCGAUGCGCUCGGCUUUAAAGAAGAUCGCAUUCUAGCGGGAGGCGCAACUGCCCAAGUCUUCCUCGCUACAGACGUCAACAAUCCGGAGAAGAAGAAAGCUCUGAAGAAAUUUAUUUUUCUGGAGAAUGGAGACCCUGUGGAUAAACCAAGGAAAUGGUUCUAUUUCGUCAACGAGGUGGCCAUGCUUCAAGAUCUCCGUCAUCCCAACAUCAUAGCAAUGGAGAGAGCGGCUAGUUGCCCAGAGUCACUGGUCAUGGUGUUGGAAUUUCAUCCUGUGGAUCUGUUCGACGCAUUACCUCGUAUCUCGGAUGAGGAAGCCACUCGCUACUUUACCCAGGUCGCCGAGGCCUUGAGCUAUCUACACAGCCGACGUGUCGUGCACGGGGAUGUAAAACUGGAAAAUGUGUUGGUGAGUAAAGAUGGAGUGGCAAAACUUUGUGACUUUGGACACGCUCAGGUAGUUCCUGAAAACACGGACAGUUUGAAGGAAUGGGGAAGUUGUGCAGCCUACCACGGACCGGAAUUCACAAGGGGCCAUCCCGUGAAAGACGCUUUCAAGCUUGAGAGUUUCUGUGUCGGCGUUCUGCUGUGGGCACUUGUGUUUCGUAAAAAGCCGCAGAAAAACACGGACUACUUAAAGCUGUUGGACAGUGACAAAGCAAUCUCGCCUUCUUACAGGCAAUGUGUACACCGUCUACUGUGUGUAAACCCGACAGAGCGUGCUUCAGUCUCCCAGAUCCUACAAAUCCUCAGCACCAACAGUCACACAGAACUUCGUGUCCGACAAAACACCACCGCUCAAUCUCUCAUCACUGCACCAAUCACAUACAACAGCACCGGCGAGGAAGUAGCGAGUCCGUACUUCGGAAGCUCACCCAUCGAACAGACACCAUCUUCAUCAUUCUGCCAUCCCUUCAACGAGUUCAGCUAUCAACAUUCAGGAUAUGACCAACAGUUCGUGUACCCCUCGCACUCUUCAGUAUUUCCCACGUGA